AUGAGCAAGAUAAUAAUACCGGGAGACCAGUUGUCUUCUGAAAUUCCAGAGGAUGGCAAUAUCGCUAUUGGUCCAGGCAUCUACAAAAACCCCAAAACGCAAAAUAUCAUUCCUCUGCUGUCAGGCUACCUCAAAUCGAUAGGCAAGAAGAACACAGCAGACAAGCUUCUUUACAUCGAAUCAAAUUCAAAAAGAUACACGCCUCAAGUAAAUGAUUUUGUUGUGGGAGUUGUCACUGGCGUUUACAGUGACUUUUUCAAGAUAUCACUACAAGACUUCUCGCAGCAGGUUCAACUUUCCAUGAUGGCAUUCCCCAACGCAAGCAAAAAAAACCGUCCUAAUCUCAAGAUCGGCCAAGCUGUUUACGCUAGAGUUAGCGAGGCCAAUCCAGAAGUCGAUAUUGAAAUCGAGUGCAUAGAUCCAGAGACCGGAAAAGAAGGUGGUUUUGGUCCCCUUGACGACAGUGGGUUCCUUUUCGAAGUCAACCUCAACUUUGCAAGAGAAUUGCUUUUCAACAAGAGCAACAUUUUCUUGGAGAAGCUUGCCGCCAAGUGCGCUUUCGAGAUUGCAAUUGGUAUUAAUGGAAGAAUCUGGCUCAAGGUAGGUGAGGGGCUCACGACCAAGAACAAGGAGGCCGAGAAUGACGAUGAUGUCGACAUGGACAAGCAGGAAGUGACUGUCAAGGAUAUGAGACUCACGAUAGCGGCUGCCCGGUACCUCCAGGCGUGUCAGAACGUGAAGCAAGAGAGCGCAGAUGCUGAGUUGAAGAAGGCAUUCAAGGGCACUGGUGGUCUAUAA